AUGGAGAAUAUAGAUAGUAUAAAAGCUCUUUUGGUAACCCUAGAUACAUCUGUUGAUCAGUUGGACGAAUCGUUAGAGUCUAUUACAAAGAAGUCAUUAGAUGAUAUCGCAGAGAGCAAAUCUAACACAAUUGAAAGGAUUAGAACUUAUAAUAAUUACAGCUAUGUUUUGAUGUCAUUGAUAUUUUCAUAUCUCAAAACAAUAGGAGUUUCUACUGACGAACAUCCAAUUUUAAGAGAGUUGGCCAGAGUUAAGUCAAACAUGAAGAGAUUAAAAGAUUUAGAACAGAACAAAACCAAGGAAGAAAGCAGUAAAGAGCAGAGCUCAGAGCAAGCUAAAGAAUUUCUCAGAAAUGCUUUGGGAAAAACAGCUAAUGGAGGUGGUGCUGCUGCUUAUAGAAGUAAUAUGUCGGAACCCGCAGUAAGUUCUUCGAGUUUCAAAGGAGUUCAUACCAAAUUUGAAGACGAAGAUAAUAAUCUGACUCCAGCAACAUUGCAGGUGAAAAAGAGCAAAAAUAGAGUUAAAAAAUCGAAUAAACUGACAAAACGCAAAGGUUGA